AUGUUCUGGACAGACUGGGGCAGGUAUCCCAGAAUUGAGAGCGCCAGUAUGGAUGGAACCUUAAGAAAAGUGAUUAUUUCAGAGAAGAUCUAUUGGCCCAAUGGGCUGACCAUUGAUUACCCCACACAAAGCGCCUCUAUUUUGCUGAUGCUUAUCUUGAUUACAUUGACUAUUGUGACUACGAUGGAAAUAACAGGAAGCAGGCUUUAGCUAGUGAUUUGGUCCUACAGCACCCACAUGGCCUUACUAUAUUUGAAGACUAUGUUUAUUGGAGUGAAAGAUACACCAACCGGGUCAUUCGUGCCAAUAAAUGGCAUGGUGGCAACCAGACAGUCAUGAUUUAUAAUGUAAACCAACCACUGGGGAUCUCGGCAUUUCACCCAGUAAAAACAGCCUCGAGGUCUGAAUCCAUGUGCCUCAAACCCCUGCAGCCAUCUUUGUUUAUUGUCAUCAAGUUCCACCAAGUUUUAUUCUUGUGCCUG